CAGGGUGUGUCGCGUGGAUUUCAUGGCUCUCCUCACCAACAUCACCAUCCUGCUGGUCCUCGCUUGUGUUUCCCACCAGAUGCUUUUAGGCGUUUCCCACAGGAGUCAUGGCCGGAGAGGACGGGGGGACAGAGGACAACACAAGGAAAGAUCAGGGCAGAAGUCUGGCCGCCGACCCAAAUCCGUUCCUGCGUUUCAAACUAUGGGCAGCUGGGUCACUAAAGACCAGUCUGAGUGCACCUGGACUGCAACUCACAAGGACCUCGUCAGUUUAAACAUCACCUGCAAGCAGGCAGAGAGGAGCUUCAGCUGCGAGUACACAGCCAGACCCUCUGUUUGUCCCCAGUACUCCUCCAGUAAAGACCUCUUCUGGGCGCAGGUUCUCAGGGCCCUGAAGAAGCACAAGAACCUCUGCCGGGACGACGGUGGGCCGGUGAGGGCGGGGGUGUGCAAAAGAGCCGGCAGAGAGGCUCAUUUCAGRCUCCGCGCCGCACAGAAAGCGAAGACCACCUCAUCGGGUAUUCCACCGCUCGCACCCAGAGCUGUCASAUCCUGUCAGCCUGACAACAGGAGGCUGGCGGAGGAGCUCUGCAGCGACUCCUGGUCCAGUUUCUGCACCUUCUUUUUCACCAUGGUGAAGGAUUCUGACUGCUGAAGCAGAAAGAAGUUCAACUCGUGCCGCCAUAACGAAGUCUGUCCUCUCAUAGAUAACAAAUUAUAAAACAUUAACUCUCAUUCAUGCUUUUUCUUUAAAAACUGAAACAAAUAAAUAAAAUUGUUUUAAAAUAAAAUGU